AUGCAGCCCUCGGAGCUAAGGAAAGAAGUUGGUCAGCUUUUUGCAGUUGGCUUUCAUGGCCUCACUCCGAGUCCAGAAAUUAAAACCUUGAUCCAUGAUCACGGCCUUGGCGGGAUUGUUCUCUUUAAACGAAAUGUUCAGGACGCCGCCCAAUUGCAGGCUUUAAUAUUGGCCCUUCAAGAGGAAGCGAAGGCUGCUGGACAUGAGCAUCCGCUGUUCAUUGGAAUCGACCAAGAGAAUGGAUUUGUCACAAGGAUAUCGCCGCCAAUCGCCCCUCAACUUCCAGGCGCGAUGGCUCUAGGGGCUACAUAUGACCCCGAGCUUGCCUACAAAGUGGGAACUGCCACUGGGGAAACGUUGAGACUGUUUGGGAUCAAUAUGAACUAUGCACCCGUCUGUGAUAUUAACUCGGAGCCCCUGAACCCCGUCAUUGGUGUACGUAGUUUCGGGGAUGACCCCGGUUUCGUGGGGCGGUUUGCGGGUGCUACUGCGCGAGGUCUCAGAGAGCAGAAAGUUGUCCCUACCGUCAAGCAUUUCCCCGGUCACGGAGAUACUGCGGUGGACUCGCAUUACGGACUCCCGGUGAUACAGAAGACGAGGGAUCAACUAGAGCAAUGUGAAUUGAGACCCUUUCGCCGAGCAGUCGCCGAAGGCAUAGAGGCCGUGAUGACCGCACAUAUCUCCCUGCCUGCUCUUAGGGGUUCUACCCUCCCCGCCACGCUUUCUACCGAUGCCUUGAACAUCCUGCGCGAGGACAUGCAGUAUGAUGGCAUGGUGGUUACAGACUGCCUGGAGAUGGACGGAAUCCGUGCAACCUACGGUACUGAGCAAGGGGCAGUCCUUGCUCUUGGGGCUGGCAGCGACAGCAUCAUGAUCUGCCAUACCUAUAGUGUGCAGGUGGCGUCUAUCGAUCAAGUUAUAGAGGCUGUCGAGUCCGGGAAAAUCCCAAUGGCGCGCUUGAAGGAAGCCCAUCGCCGGGUCACCAAGGUGAAGCAAGAUUUCUUAAGUUGGGACGCAGCGUUGAAACCCCAGGGCCUCGAUGGCCUUGUCUCCAUCAAUGACAAGGCGCUUGAACUGGCUACCAAGGUCUAUUCGAAGUCCGCUACUAUUGUUCGCGAGAAGCCAGGUGUCUUUUCCAAGCUCUUCGACGAAUCCUCUACCGUGGUAUUCCUUUUCCCCGGCGAGAAGACCCCUGCUGGUGGUGCAGUAGACGGGGAAGGACUGGGAAGAAAGGGAUCUUACAACGCCACUGAGUAUCUUGAAAUACUCAAAAGGGAAUCAGCAAAUGCUACCGAGAUUCGCUAUGGGGAACCAGGUCUUUCAUCGGAGGAGUGGAGUCGCGUCGAGGCCGCCGAUGUCGUUGUAUUCACAUCCAUCAAUGCGCGAGAAUCGCAAUAUCAAAGAAACCUAGGCCUUGAACUGCCACAGCGUGCUCGGAAUCUCGUUGCUAUUGCCGCUUGCAGCCCUUACGACUUCCUAGAUGAUGUGAGCAUUAGAACAUACGUCACUACAUAUGAACCAACGAUCGAAGCUUUUUCAGCAGCCGUUAAGCGCAUGAAAGGUGAAGGAGAUCUUCAGAAGGGUCAACUGCCAGUUGGAUCACUAAAGCCAACACCACAAUGGAUCAAGGUAGAUAACUACCAGGCGGCGAGAGACUUUUACCCUGUGCUGGCGCUUUGGAGAAAAGCCCUGCCCACUUACCCGCUACUUGAAACAUCACCGCUAAUGGAACCAAAAAAUGGACACCAUUUUGUCGUGGGACAUGGAAAAAAUCUCAUUGGGUUCUGCCUUUUGUUCACCGAGGAACGACAGAACGUUACUUGCGGUCAUCUGGCGGCGUUGGCGGUUGAUCCGAGCAAGCAGGGGCUGGGCUUGGGAACCGCUCUAGUUGCAGCAUGCCGGUCGUGGCUCAAGAAAGAGUUUAAGAACGCUCGUUUGGAGCUGGGAAGCUCAUUUCCUCGAUUCUGGCCCGGAGUUCCCACUGAUCUGCCUUCCGAAGUCCUACAAUUUUUCGUCCAUCGGGGCUUCCAGCUCAAUCCCGCGUCGGCCCGGUCUGUUGACCUGUACCAGGACAUCCGGGACUUCCAGGCCCCGGAAAAAUACGUCGCUAGAGCUCGGGACCGAGGCUAUAAGUUUGAACCUUUAAAACCAGAAGGCUUUCUGAAAGGCUUGGUAGGACAGAAGAGAAACUUCUCUGAUAACGAGGCCUGGGUUCAAAAAUUCAUGGACCUUGAUCCAACUGUGUACCCCUCCAGCAUCAUGACUGCGUGGGAUGAUAAAGGCAACCAGGUUGGCUGGGCGCUCAUGCUGGGGCCGGAAUGCGACAUCCUCCGGGAGAAUUGGGCCUUCCCUCCCAUCUGUGGCCCCAAAACGGGGCUGAUCGGCUGCGUAGGCGUGGACAAAGACCAUCGCAACGGUGGAGUCGGUCUCGCUCUUGUCAGCCAUGCGAUCGAAAACAUGAAGCAGAGAGGCAUUGAGGGGGUUUUCGUGGACUGGGUGGCUUUGGAUGGCUGGUAUGAACAGCUCGGGUUCGAGGAUCCUCCAAUGUAUCGUCUACCUCGUAUCUCUCGUCUGGCCCGGUGCCAUAACAAGGUGCUGGGACCGACCAAUCGACGGCUGUCAUCGGUUUCCACACAGCCGUUACCUCACUCAGACACCCCUCUGUUCGACCAUCAUUACGAUGCCCUCGUCGUGGGAGCCGGAGGAGCCGGUCUUCGCGCCGCCGUCGGGCUGACCGAGUCCGGACUCAAAACAGCCUGUAUCACGAAACUCUUUCCGACGCGAUCUCAUACGGUCGCCGCACAGGGCGGUAUCAAUGCUGCCCUGGGCAAUAUGACCCGGGACGACUAUCGGUGGCACAUGUUUGAUACAGUCAAAGGAUCCGACUGGCUUGGGGAUCAGGAUGCUAUCCAUUACAUGACGCGAGAAGCUCCGCAAGCGAUUUAUGAGCUGGAAGGAUAUGGGAUGGCUUUCUCACGAACCAAGGACGGCAGAAUCUAUCAGCGGGCUCUGGGUGGACAGAGUUUGGAGUAUGGACGCGGAGGGCAGGCAUAUCGGACGGCCUGCGCCGCGGACCGGACGGGACAUGCCAUGCUGCAUGCGUUAUAUGGACAGGCAUUAAAGCACGACACUGAAUUCUUUGUCGAAUUUUUCGCGCUCGACCUGCUUAUGGUGGACGGAGCCUGUGUUGGGGUCAUCUGCUUGUCUCUAGAAGAUGGCAGUCUUCAUCGAUUUUUCGCUCGUAAUACAGUGCUCGCCACGGGGGGCUAUGGCAGGGCUUACUUCUCCUGCACAUCUGCUCAUACCUCCACUGGUGAUGGCAGUGCUAUGGUCGCGCGUGCCGGCCUUCCAAAUCAGGACAUGGAGUUUAUUCAGUUUCAUCCAUCCGGCAUAUAUGGCGCUGGAGUGCUGAUCACUGAAGGAGCACGCGGCGAGGGAGGAUACCUGCUUAAUUCCCAGGGCGAGCGGUUCAUGGAACGAUAUGCUCCUACCGCCAAGGAUCUUGCGAGUCGGGAUGUGGUAGCCCGCGCCAUGAAUCUGGAAAUUCGGGAGGGCCGUGGAUGCGGACCACACCGUGACCACAUUCAUCUGCAACUGUCGCAUCUACCGCGCGAUCUUAUUCAUAAUCGGCUACCUGGCAUCCUGGAGACGGCGUCUAUAUUCGCCGGCAUCGAUGUCACCCGAGACCCUAUCCCCGUGGUGCCAACGGUCCAUUACUGUAUGGGUGGGAUCCCCACAAACUUCAAGGGUCAGGUCCUAAGGGUUUCCACGGAGGGCGCCGAGUCUCCCGCCCCUGGACUCUAUGCUGCGGGUGAAGCGGCCUGCGUUAGCGUCCAUGGGGCCAAUCGGCUUGGCGCCAACUCUCUACUGGAUAUCGUGGUAUUUGGACGUGCAUGUGCCAUUGAUAUCGCCGAGAACAACGAGCCUAACAUGCCGCUAUACUCGUCUUGCUCGGGGAACGCAACCAUUGGGCUGGACUCGAUCCGAGACAUGCACCGCGUCCGGACCGCGGAUGGCGAUAUGUUGACGGCACAUAUUCGGGAGCAGCUCCAGCGAGCUAUGCAGUCAGACAUUGCUGUAUUUCGGACCGAGUCGUCUCUCAUCGAAGGCACGUCUAAAGUACAACAAGUGCAGCACGAUUUCUCGACGCGAUUGGCUACGAGGGAUCGUAGCUUAAUAUGGAACUCGGACCUUGUAGAGACGCUUGAGUUGCGCAAUUUGCUGACCUGUGCGGCGCAGACCGCGCAUGCAGCUGUGCAGAGGACGGAAAGUCGUGGGAGCCACGCUCGAGAGGAUUUCCCGGAAAGAAACGACGCGGGCUGGCUGCGGCAUAGUUUGACGUGGCAAGGCCGAGAAGAUGAGCAAGUGCGCGCGGGGUAUCGAGAAGUCAUGAUGAAAACGUUGGAUGAGAAAGACUGCGCAACUGUGGCCCCCUUGAAGCGAAGCUAUUAA